AGGCGGCAGCCACCAAAAAGGAAUAGAUCGCACCUAAUCGAUGGUUCGUACCGACUCCGGCUCUUAUAGUUUUAUUUUAUUUUUGUUUCCUGAUAAAAUUCCGAAUUGAAUGACUGCGAAAUAACCGGAGUUGAAACAUGGGAUUCCUUUCCACUCUCAUUUCUCUCCAAUUUCCUCCUCGGAUGUGGUGCGUUUGAAAUCACGAUCAUAUGGUUGGCGCCAAUUCUCUCUCGAUGAACGUUAAUUUUGGGGCCAAAGAGAUCUCAGUCAAUCGUUCUCUAUUCCUUCGAAUUCAAGCGAAUUUCAGAACCAUUUCUUUCUGCAAAUUAGGGUUUUGUCUUAAACUUCGUGAACCAGAACCCAAAAAAUUAUUGGUUGAUUGCAGUGAAAGGAAGAUGUGUUUACCGCGACUAGUCAGUGUUGGAUGUUUUACUGAUGGAUUGAGUGAAGAAAUUUGGGAUUCAGAGACUUUUGAUGAGCCUCAAAAUGAUUUUCCUGUUCAUCUUGUUGUUAUGGUUAAUGGCAUUAUUGGAAGUGCUGCAGAUUGGAGAUAUGCAGCGGAGCAGUUUGUUAAGAAGCUCCCGGAUAAAGUCAUUGUGCACCGCAGUGAAUGCAACUCAGCUCGGUUAACUUUUGAUGGUGUCGACUUGAUGGGUGAAAGGUUAGCUGAAGAGGUGAUGUCAGUUGUUAGAUGUAGGCCUGGGUUGCGAAAGAUCUCCUUUGUAGCCCAUUCAUUGGGUGGCCUGAUAGCAAGGUACGCUAUCGGAAGGCUAUUCACUUAUUUUCCUGAUACAGAUUCCACAUUGAGCUCAGGGAAAAGUUUAGUAGAAAAAAACACAAAAUUUGUAGAUGUCUUGGAGCAACCUUAUCAAGGUAGAAUUGCUGGACUGAAACCCUUGAAUUUUAUAACAUUUGCAACACCUCAUUUGGGUUCAAGAGGACACAAACAGCUACCUUUCCUCUUUGGCCUUCCGUUUUUGGAGAAAAGAGUAUCUCAAGCUGCACAUUGGAUUGUUGGAAAGACUGGCAAACAUCUCUUCCUGACUGAUAACAAUGAUGACGGCCUCCCUCUACUUCUUCAGAUGGUUAAUGACUGUGAUGACUUAAAGUUCAUUUCAGCUUUACGCUCUUUCAAGCGUCGUGUGGCUUAUGCCAAUGCAAACUAUGAUCAUAUGGUUGGGUGGAGAACAUCUUCGAUUCGCCGUCAACAUGAAUUACCACAGUCCAAUCUUCUUCUAAAGUAUGACAAGUACCCGCACAUUGUUUAUAUUGAGAGAGAGCAAGCUAUAGACCUUCACAAAGAAGCAACUGCUUAUGUUAAGGGACAAACGAUCGAAUUGGAAGAGAAGAUGAUCAGGGGUCUCACUCAGGUGUCCUGGGAACGUGUUGAUGUCAGCUUUCAUGAAAGUAGGCAAAAAUAUGUUGCUCAUAGUACUAUUAAUGUGAAAAGGUAUUGGAUCAAUUCAGAUGGUGCAGAUGUCGUCUUUCACAUGAUAGAUAACUUCCUUGUGUAGUUCUUUUACCAGUUUAAUCAGCUCCACAUACUGGUAUCAUGAUAGGUUAGAUUGCCUUUUCUAACUAAUGAAAUACUUUCUUAUUUGUUUUUUUUUUGGGCGGGUUCAUUUCUAUACGUAAUUACUUUCUUCACCAAUUUCAGUUGUUUCAUUGCAAUUAUGCUUUAGGUUUUCUACUCGAUUGAUAUAGUUGUAAAUGUGUAAAAAAAGUAAAAACCUUUCUCGAGAAUUCUUUGGAA